UCCUGUGGCAGGGAGCCCAGGGCAUGGACAUCAUCCCUCGCUCUCGUGAAGCCCUGGAACGCCUCAAGCAGAUGGGCAAGAGAAUAUUCCUUAUCACCAACAAUUCCACCAAAACCCAGGACCACUACUUUGCAAAGUGCCGACAGCUGGGAUUCAGCGUGGAAAAGGACCACAUCCUGAGUUCCCCGUACAUCGCAGCACAGUACCUCAAGGAAAUUGGCUUCAGCAAGAAGGCUUACAUCGUAGGCUCUCCCGGCCUCGCAGAGGAAAUUCAGAAAGUCGGAAUUACUACCGUUGGUACUGGUCCUGAAACGAUUGAGGGCCCCCUGUACAAUGCCGUAGUUGAAGGAAAGUUAGGCCUUGACCCUGAGGUUGGGGCCGUGGUCGUCGGCUUCGACAGAGACUUCAACUAUGACAAGCUCCUCCGGGCCACAUGUUACCUCAAGGACCCAGAGUGCUUGUUCAUAGCUACGAAUACUGAUGAGAAGUACAUAGUGCAGGGAACCAAUUAUCACUUGCCAGCUGCUGGAAUCAUAGUGAGUGCCAUAGAGGCAGCCUCAGAGCGCCCAGCACGCGUCAUGGGCAAGCCUUCGCUCAAUAUCUUCCACAUGCUACAAGCACGUUUCAACCUCCAGCCUGAGAAGACGCUGCUCUUCGGGGACACACUACACACAGACAUUCUGUUUGGCAAUGAGAGCGGCAUGUGGAGCAUCUUGGUCCUGAGUGGGGUCUCGACCCUCAUGGAAGCCCGUGAGCUGCCCCAAGACCCCCAGAAGCAGAAGCAGCUGCCACUCUUCUAUCUGCAGUCCCUGGGAGAUAUCCUGACCCUCAUGGACGAGCAAGUGAAUGGGGGGAUGAACGAGCAACAGAACUAGGCAGCAGGACUGAGGCAACAGGACUAAGGCAACAGAACUAGGCAACAGGACUGAGGCGACAGGACAGAGGCAACAGGCGUUUUGUUGGAUGUGACAGAGAGUAGAUGGUAUUUUUAGUUUGAUUUACAGCUGAAAUGAGGGAUGAUACAUACUGUCAUUGACAAGUUUAAUAUCAUUAUUAUUGUUUUUACCAUUUAUAAUAUUGUAAGUGAGUCUGUUUGUUUUAAUCUUUGGUCGUUAUUCAUAUAUAAACAAGCAUUAGGG